AUGAUUAAAGACACUUCACAUGUACCUUCUAAAGCAAAAUUUGAACACAUCACAAAAAUCUUGGUCAAAGAGUAUCUCUCUCAAAUUGCAAGGUUUUUCCAAAUCUCAGGCGUGUUUUACCUUUGCUUCUUGCAAGGCAAAUUAAUUGGAACAUAUUACGACCACAACGGUGAACCGACCCAAGUGCUGUCCAAUGUGGAGUUGGCUGUGACGCAGGGAAAAAAGCUGAAGGCAGAAUCCGAGUUAGAAAACAAUCUCUUUCCUCCCUGCAACUCUGAAUGGAGCUCAGCCAAAGGUGGCAGAGUCUGGUGUUCACCUCACAGUGGAGGAGUAGAAAGGGAUUGGGCAGGACUCCCACGCAAACUAUACAGACCCGGAUCAAAGAGCCAUCGUUGUGUUUGUGUGAGGACAACUGGACCCCCAUCCAACCAGCCCAAUUCUGUCCAAAACAGGGGAGAUCUUGACAAUCCCAGCCUCCAGGAAUACGCAGGAUGCCACAGCCUCUCCGACUCGUGUGCCCUUCCAGAGAUGUAACUAAAUAGCCUGACAGAUCACAGACCCCACUUCAGGAUCUGCGAUAUCUCACUACUGCAGCAUUGUCUUUAGAAUUAAGCACAGCCACUGUAUUUUUUUCAAUCAAUAAACGAUUAUUAAAAUAGGA